CGUCGCUGACAAGACGCUGGUCUUUAUGGGCGUACUCAAAACAAAGCAAAAAACGGACGGCAGACAGGUAGAAUUGUCGUCACGGAAGUAAGAGCAGCGAUGGAGUCCCAGGUAAUGACGAAUCCAGAAGACAUCUCCAAGCUCUACCGAGAGCUGAGCCUGUUUCCCUCACUGACCCGAGCUGAUGUAGGACCAGUGAUAACAUCGCAGUAUGGCGGGAAAUACAGCAACAUCUACACAGAAUGGAGUCAGCGGGAUCUAGAGAGGAAUGAGAACGUCAAGUACUGUCGGCAGUACAUCGUGUUUCACGACGACAAAUCUGUGGUCUACUCGGGACCCUCAGGAAACUGUACAGAGAUCAAGGGAGAGUUGCUGAGUAAAGAUUCUCCGUCAGGAGACAUGAAGGCAGUCGUGAGAGAGAGCAACAUCAAAGGGGAGGACAAACAGUUUCUGGAGAUCUGGAGUAAGAACAUGAAAGUGAAGAGCAUUAACUUGACAUCCCUGAAGAAGCAUGGGAAAGUCUAUGAAGAUGACCAGUUUGGCUGUCUGGUGUGGUCACACUCUGAAACCCACCUCUUGUAUGUGGCUGAGAGGAAGAGGCCCAAGGCAGAGUCUUUCUUCCAGUCAGAGUCUCCUGAGUCAUGUUCUCUUGGUGAAGAAGAGGAGGGUAUGAAAACAGAGAAGAAGGAAGAGAUCACACGGGGGGAGCAGUUCCUUUUCUAUGAGGACUGGGGGGAGUCCCUGGUCAGUAAGAGUUCUCCUGUACUGUGCGUUUUGGACAUUGAGGGCAGCAAUGUUUCUGUGCUUGAGGGAGUCCCGGACAACAUCUCGCCAGGCCAGGCUUUUUGGGCUCCCUGUGAUACCGGUGUGGUGUUUGUGGGCUGGUGGCAUGAGCCAUUCAGACUGGGCCUUAAGUACUGCUUCAACCGCAGGUCGUCUUUAUUCUAUGUGGAUCUGACCGGUGGACAGUGUGAACAGCUUUCUUCAGGUUCCAGCGCUGUGUGUUCCCCCAGACUAAGCCCAGACCGGUGCCGAAUAAUUUAUCUAGAGUGCACUGUCUUUGGGCCUCACCAAAACUGUAGCCGGCUCUGCAUGUACGACUGGUACACCAAGAAGACCUCAGUGGUGAUGGAUAUGGUUAAGAGACCCAGAGAUGAUGGCUUCACUGGCAUCUACAGCUCAUCACUGUCCCCUUUGUGCUGGUCAGCCGACAGCCAGCGCGUCCUGGUCUCUUGUCCCCAGCGCAGCCGCAAGGAUCUGCUGUUGGUGGACACAACCACCGGAACGGUUUCCUCUCUGACAUCAAAAUGUGCAGUGGGCAGCUGGACCUUGCUGACUAUAGAGCGAGACCUGAUGGUGGUCAGCUGUUCUUCACCUGACUGUCCCCCCAGCCUGAGGGUGGGCUUCCUGCCUGCAGAUGAUUCAGCGGAGGUUGGCUGGGUCACGCUAGAGGAGUCUCAGACCCAGCCUAACAUCGAUUGGCAGAUCCUCAGCUUCACCCCACCCCCAGAGCAGGAUAACGGUCAAUACCCUGGUCUGGACUUUGACGCCCUCCUGCUGAAACCAAAGGAGGUGAAGGAGGGAGAGAAGCUGCCACUCCUAGUCACCCCACAUGGUGGUCCCCACUCUGUGUUCGUAGCUGAAUGGCUGCUUUCUUGCUCCGUGUUGUGCAGGAUGGGCUUUGCUGUCCUGUUGGUGAACUACCGCGGCUCCUUAGGCUAUGGCCAGGACAGCAUCCUGUCUUUACCUGGGAACGUGGGCUCUCAGGACGUCAAGGAUGUUCAGUUUGCCGUGGAGAGUGUUCUGAAGAGUGGGGGAUUUGACCAGCAGAAGGUAGCAGUUUCUGGGGGUUCCCAUGGUGGAUUCCUGGCCUGCCAUCUGAUAGGCCAGUACCCAGAGUUCUACAAGGCCUGCGUGGCUCGGAACCCCGUCAUUAACCUGGCCUCCAUGAUUGGCAGCACCGACAUCCCAGACUGGUGUAUGGUCGUGGCUGGCUAUAACUACAGUGCAGAUUGCUUGCCUGACCCUGCUGUUUGGGAGCAGAUGUUAAACAAGUCUCCAAUCAAAUAUGUCAAACAGGUGAAGACUCCUGUGUUGCUGACUCUGGGAGAAGAUGAUAAGCGUGUUCCCCCUAAGCAGGGUAUUGAGUACUACAGAGCCUUGAAGGCACUACAAGUCCCUGUCCGGUUGCUUUGGUACCCAGGGAACAACCACUCUUUGUCCAAGGUGGAUGCAGAGUCAGAUGGCUUCAUGAACAUAGCUCUCUGGGUGAUCCAGCACCUCUCUCUGUGACUUUUCUGUUAGCAAUAGCAUGCUAACACUACAGGCUACAGGCAUUGGCAUGCUACCAGGAUGUUCAUUCUGUGUAAAAAAAAGUGCUAACUAAGGUUGCACUCAAAUCAAAAGGCACUUUUAAGUGGAUAUGGGAAAUCUUUCAUCUGCAAUAAUUUUAUAGCUUUGUAAUUACAGUGCAGAAACAAAAUCAUAAGCAGUUUAUCUGUCAGAUAUAGAUACUGUUGAAAAAAAAGCCUGAUGUUGCCUGAUGUUAUGUUGCUACUAUAAUGCCAUUUUUUGUUUGAAACUUUUCAUCAUUAAAAUGCUACCACCUACACUUUAAA